AUGGCAUCACUUACAAACUCAAAGUCAUCACCAUCAUUCUAUAAAGAUGAUAUUGAUUCAGGAGCAACAGCAGCAGCAGGAGCAGAUAACAUUGAAGGAUUUGGAGAUCUGAGUGAUCUUAUAAUACCAUCUUUGAACAUACCAGAGUUGCUCGAUGAAUUGAAUCAACACUCGACAGAGGAGAAUGUAGCUGCACUCAAUGCAUUGCUAUCAUUCGACACGAGCAACAUCGAUCCAGAUUUCAAUCUAUUGGAUGAUGGCGCCAACAACAACAUAGUUGACCCAAACAACAACAAUAGUACCAAUAAUAAUAAUGGUAGUUUGAAUAGUAGUGGCAAUAGUAUCACAAAGAAGUGUGGCACUGGACCACGACUUGGCUAUCAGAUAUACAGGACAUUCCCCUACAGAGGCAGUCUGCCAAAGCCACUCAUACAGAUGAUUGAGUUGGGUCUGCAGGGCGACCAUCAGAACCUGUCAGCCACCAAUGAUGAUGAGGGCGAUGGAUCGAGCUCAGCGGCAGUCGGUCUGGAGCAACAAAAGAAGAAGCCAUUCUCGACCAAUGGAUUAAGACACUGCAAGCAGUACAGAGCGUUGUUCCAGGGCGAGAUUGAUAUCAAGCAGGAAGCAGACAAGCAGACAAAGCAGCAGAGCAGUGACCUUGGCGAGAGCAGUGGUGUUGGUCAACCAAACAGCAAUAACAACAAUAAUAAUAACAAUGUCAACAACAUUAGUAGCGGCAGCUUCGAUUUGAUCGUUGCACAAGACCAUCCAUCGAUCAGUGACGAAUCAUUCUUCCAACCACCUCCAAUGAUAUCACCAAGAUCAUUACAACUACAACAACAGCAGGAGGAAGAGGAGAAUGCCAAGACACUGCAACAACAACAACAAUCAACAGAGGAUCAAUGCGAUACAUCAAUGAAUACAUCAAGUCAGUACUCACAGUUGAUUGAGAGCUUGGCCACUGUCGGUGGUGAGUCUGAUUGCUUCAACACAAGCAUUGACGACCUGGCCCUCGGACUCGAUGAUCUAAAGAGUUUCAACCUGGACGACAUCUCGCUUAACCUCUCGGCAGAUGGCAAGGAUCUACUUGAGCCGCCAGCAGCGACUGAAGCCUCCCAACAAGCGCCAGGCUCCCCGAUCGCAGCGGUACUGCCUCCCAGCCACCACACACUGUCGUCAACGUCGUCGCCUCCCAAGCGAGCAAGAGAACCAACGGCCUCUGCAACAGUCUCACCAAUAUUUAUUGAUUCCAACGCCCAUCGCAUCAAGGGCAAUCCCGAGCAGCAACAGAGCGAUAAAAAGCAACAACUCUCGAGGACCAUCACAUUCGCCGACCCAUCAUCCAUCCAGAGCUUCUUUGGGGGUGGUGCCAACAACAACAGCGCUGACCUUUCAACCACCACCAACGCCACCGCCACACAACAAGCACCGCCACUGCUGGCACACGAGAAGACAAGCUCCACCGGCUACCGUGGCCUCUCAUCAAUCUUUCCAAAGCUCCAGAUCAACAACUCCAAUCCAUCACCGUCCAAGUUCUGCUAUCCACUACUGCAGCCACAACCGACUACUUUGAUCCGCGAGUACGCAAUCAAGGCCGACACCAACACCAAGGGCCUGAGACGAGCCAAGAAGUCCUCGAUGGACAUGGAGGACGAGUACGUCGUGCACUACCCCUUUGGCGACGAUCCACAAAUGGCACUCUUUGCCGUCUUUGACGGUCACUCUGGAAAGAAUGUGGCGAUGACUGCCAAAGAGAUUUUACCAAAUAUAUUAUUGAAGUAUAUACAGUCUGCAAAGAGCGAGUGCGGCAAGCAUAUAUACGAUAUGAGUGGUGUAUUUUUAGCAACGUUCAAGGAGACUGAUGCCCAGCUCUCGAGGUUUGAGUACGAGGGCGCCACGGCAACCAUUGUACUAAUAUGGAGAGUGGGUCAACAGAGAUUCCUUCAGGCGGCCAACGUCGGUGAUUCGUCUGCAUUCCUUAGUUACGCCGGAGAGACAUUGGUGCUGACCAAGGAUCAUCGUGUCACCGAUCCCGACGAGCAACAGAGAAUCAAGGACGAGGGUGUCCAACUGAGCGAGAACCAAACCAGAAUCAAUGGACUGAUGGUCAGCAGAGCGUUGGGCGAUCAUUUUAUCAAACAUCUCAAUUGUGGACUCUCUGGAGAGCCAACCAUUUCACCGCCAAUCUCUUUAACUCCCUUCCAUUCACAUCUAAUAGUUGCAUCUGAUGGUCUAUGGGAUGUAAUAUCUGGAAAUAGAGCAAUGGAGAUGAUCAAGACAGAGAAGGAGGUAGACAAGAUGGCGAACCUUCUUCUUCAGUGCUCACUUAAAUCAAUCAAGUCCAAGGAUAAUAUAUCAAUUAUCGUUGCCAAGUUGUAA